AUGAUGUAUAAGGAGUGUCAGGAUCUGGUGCCUAAGGGUGAGCUCAGUUGGAAUGAUAGGCGAAAAUAUAAUUGCAAGGUUCGCGAGUGUUAUGAUCGCAAGUUUGGGUCCAAGGAUUACAAUAAGACAUGGGAUGAGAUCCGCAAGUUAUCUGACGUUGAGAUCGAAAAGAGACAAAUGCAGAAAUUUGAGUGUCUGGAAAAAGCGUUGUAAAGCAAUAGACUAUUUUUGAACCACUUUUUGUUUGUUUUGUGUGUAUUAUUAAUUAUAUAAUUUCAUAAUAAAGCCAUUGAGAGUUGUACUGAUGAUAUAUAUUAUAAAUAAAAGUUUACAAAAAAUAUAUAUAA